AUGGGUCAUCAAGGUCAAGGCCAUUCGGGGAUACUCAAGAUCCAUGUAGUUGAAACAAGUGAAAUGAAGCUGUCAUCAAUUAAAGAUGGUUUGAAAGAUGUGGAUACGAGUUCUAAUGAUCAUGGUCAUAUUUGGCAUUCUAACCCUUCCCAUCAGGUUUUGGGUUCUUCACCAUUGGAUCACGAAAAACAAUGUUGCUUGAAUUCAGCCGUGGUUGAUUUUGCUGCUAUGAGUAAGAUGAAGCUGUCAUCAAUUGAAGCCGACAUAGCUUCAGAUUUUUCAAAUCUCAGUUACCAAGAACAAGACCGAUUGAUAAUGUUUGAUAGUAAUGAGACUAGAGUCACUUUGACGACAGCUGAUGAAAUGUUAAAGGGUUUAAUCUGUAAUGGUCGGCAGCAUGGGGCAGCCGAUGUAUCAGCUUUUGUCCCUUCACAGUUUCGUCAACAAGAUAAAAGCAGAUUGACGACACUCGAUGUUAAUCAAGCUGAAAUAAGCACGACUACAUCAUUGGUGGCUGUUGAGGUGGUUGGUGGUAAUAAAAGUCAAGUUCGACAUACUGAUUCUCGUGGUGAUCGAGUUAAGCAAACGGUUGUUUCUUCGCAAGUCAAAAGAAGCUCCAAUCACGCAUGGAUUUACUACAAGAGAGGCUUAAUGAGGUCAAACAACAAAAGGCGUACAGGUAAGUCCAUGCAACAUUCUUUUUAUCAAGCCGAUAAAGCCAAGUCUACAAACUCUUUAUCUGGGGACGAUUCUCUUUUUGUUGAUGUUGAAUCUGAUGAGAAUCAAGAAGAGAAAUACAUUGCUUGGCUGGAUUAUGGUGCUGCUGUAGAAUGGAAGUUUGAGUUGACCGCUGAUCGGAGGAUCCUAAAAUCAUUAGUUGUUCAAGAAAAAAGGCGUUGCACUCGAGCUUAUGCUCAACUUUUUGGAUCAACACCAAAGAGGAUAAGAGCAUUUUAUGUUGAAAAGAUAGUGGCCAAAAAGGAUGAUGAUAUGAAGCCGAAGGUUGAUAAGAAUAGCGAAGGCAAUGAAGAUAAUCGGUUUAAAAAUGAUGAAGCAGAGAUAAAAGUCGUUAAGCCAAUUGAAGAGCAACAGAUUCAGUUACAAUUAAAAGAUGAUAACAAUCAGUUGGUUCAUGCGGCAUUAAGUGAAACCAACGUGGAAUCGGCAAUCAACAAAGAAGAGAGCCGUAAACAUAUCGAUUUUGAUACAGUUUGA